CAAACGCGCCAAAGUCAUUGACGGUGUGUAUAUUGGGUGAACCGAGCGUUUGACUUUCGGAUUCAUGUUCGACAAUCGUUUGUGAAAAGCCGGACGUCCUGUGGAUUCGCUUAGCUGGAACCUUCGCCCUUUGACGCUUUCAAUUUAGCCGUGUUUUGUUUUGAGGAUAAUCAUUACCCAACUCGCGUUGAAUCAAAUUUGACGCUCCACUUGCACCUGUCGCUCUGCGUAUGCAAACAAACCGCGGUCACAUCUACACUCGGCACAACGCUUUCACCUACUCAAGGGCUCAACUAAAGCGAGAUGGCCAAACAAGUCAUACAUUUCUUUGUCUUGUUCGCUUUGCUUACUACAGGUUUCUGCGCAGUGGAUGAUUCUGGCAGCGUUAAUCACACUGCGACUCCGAGUACAGUGAAGCCAUUGCAACCGUUUAAUGCCUCGUCAAACGGUGGCAAAGAAAAGUACAACAUCACUUACCUUCUGGAAACCCUGCUGUCUGGAUACGAUAAACGGCUCAGGCCAAACUUUGGAGGUGCGCCCGUGAACGUUAGUGUAACAACAUUCAUUGAGUUUAUCGGCGACAUCAACGAGAUUAACAUGGAAUUCACUACGAUCAUGUACUUUCGCCAAUAUUGGGAGGACCCACGUCUUGCGUACGCCGACACAGGUUACACCAAACGGCUUGCCUUCAACCCCGAGAUGCUGAAGUUCAUUUGGGUCCCGGAUACACACUUUCCCGGAAUCAAAGACGGCUUGAAAAAUGACAUCACGGCCAGUAACGAGGUGGUGAGGAUCUUCCCUAAUGGUACCCUACUCUACAGUAUGAGACUUAAGGUGACUUCUCAGUGCCCGAUGGAUUUGCGCAAUUUUCCGAUGGACAGUCAAAAGUGCAGGCUAAAAAUGGAGGCAUUCAGCUACGAUGAUAACGAGAUGACUCUUAACUGGCACAAGACUAACCCUGUGGUGGUUGCUAAGGACAUUCAGAUCCCUAGCUACAGCCUCAAACAGGUCACGUGGCUCAGCGAGAAAGAGCAGUUUACCACAGGCGAAUAUUCUCUGCUGACAGUGCAGUUUGAACUGGAACGACGGCUUGGCUUCCACAUGAUCCAGAUCUACCUGCCGUCCUAUCUGAUCGUCAUCCUGUCUUGGGUCAGUUUCUGGGUUGACCGCGAGCAGACUGCUGCUAGGAUCGCCAUGGGCAUCACUACCGUCCUCACCAUGGCAACGUUGAUUGGCAGCGCUCGCGUGUCGCUGCCCAAGGUGUCGUACGUCAAGUCUCUCGAGCUCUUCCUCAUAAUGUGCUUCUUGUUCGUGUUUUCCGCCAUCUUGGAAUAUUCCUUCGUGUCCUACCUCGUCUUCCGGCAGAGGGUAAAAAAUCGUGAGGACUACGCUCAGCGCGAGCUCCAGCGCUCUCAAGAGCUUAUUGAGCCGGAUGACGGUCUGAACCCGAUCGAUCCUGAUGGCACUGAUGGUCGACCACGCCCAGAGCCCGGCCAGGAAGCAAUCUGGAUUCCUGGCAAACACCAAGUCGAGACUGUCCUUACCAAGAAAGGCGUGGCACCCACCAAGAAACCGCUGGACAAGAAGAACGACAACCACUACAUUAACCUGUUGACCAAGGUGGAGUACAUCUUCCGCAUCGCCUUCCCGCUCACCUUCGUCAUCCUGAACGUAUUCUACUGGGUCUACUACCUAACCAUAGCUGAGCUCGUGUAAGGCUACACACGGGAUGAAAGUAUAAGGGAAUGAUAGCAUUUAUGAGAAGUUUAGUAUUUGUGAUUUAGGCAAAAUUCGUGAGUAAGGAGACACGGUCGUUCCGUAGAUCGGGAGGUUUUGUUUUGUGAAUAUGCUACUAUUUUAAGCUUAAGAGGCUUGGUGUAUCAAGCGAAA